AUGGCGGAGAGCCCGGCGGCCGAGGACGCGGCCCCGGCCCCGGCCGCGGUGCUGGCGGCGGGCGGCGGCGGCAGCGCCUCGCCCAGCGCCGCCGGCUCCGCGGGCAGCCCCGGCGUCUUCAUCCCCGCCGAGCUCUGGGCGGCCGCGGGCUUCGGCGCGGCCGCGGCGCCCGGCACCGGCGUGGCUCCCGGUAGCGGCGGCGCCCCGAUGGCGGCGGCGGCGGCGGGGGCCGCGCUCCUCACGCACUCCGCCUUCUGGGACCCCACGGUCAGCGGCGACUGGGACAGCGAGCGGCCCAGCCCGGCCUGCCUGCUGCGGAUCAAACGGGACAUCAUGUCCAUCUACAAGGAGCCGCCGCCGGGGAUGUUCGUUGUGCGACCCCACGACAUGACCAAGAUCCACGCGCUGAUCACGGGCCCGUUCGACACCCCCUACGAGGGCGGCUUCUUCCUGUUCCUGUUCCGCUGCCCGCCCGACUACCCCAUCCACCCGCCCCGCGUCAAGCUCAUGACCACGGGCAACAACACCGUCAGGUUCAACCCCAACUUCUACCGCAACGGCAAGGUCUGCCUCAGCAUCCUGGGCACGUGGACAGGCCCGGCCUGGAGCCCGGCGCAGAGCAUCUCGUCGGUGCUGAUCUCCAUCCAGUCCCUGAUGACCGAGAACCCGUACCACAACGAGCCCGGCUUCGAGCAGGAGCGGCACCCCGGGGACAGCAAGAACUACAACGAGUGCAUCCGGCACGAGACCAUCCGCGUGGCCGUGUGCGACAUGCUGGAGGGAAAGUGUCCCUGCCCCGAGCCCCUGCGGGGCGUCAUGGAGAAAUCCUUCAUGGAGUACCUGGACUUCUACGAGGGCGUCUGCAAGGAGAGGCUGCACCUGCAGGGCCAGACCAUGCAGGACCCUUUCCGGGGCGGCACCGAUUACCAGGCGCUGCUGGGGCGGCUGCAGGCGCUGCGGGCGCGGCUGCACGAGCGGCAGCAGCAGCAGCAGCAGCAGCAGCAGCAGCAGGACAGCGCCGACAUGGACUCGGAGAGCAGCUCCUCGGAGGCCGAGCCCGAGCCGCACGGCUGCCCCAGGGCUUAGGAGGGCCCGGCCCGGCCCGGGACUGCAGCACAGCCGGGCCGCGCAGAGCCGCGGGCUCCUCCUCCUCCUCUUCCUCCAUCCCUCCCUCCCCGAGGGCCGCCGGGACACAAACCCGAGGAUUCCCCCCAAAAAAAACCACAGAGACAAAGCCCAGCUCGGCACAGGCUCCUCUUGGACAAAGGUACUUCCUGGCAUUGUGGCAUCAGGUUGUUUUUGGGGGUUUUUUUUUUUUGGACAACACCUACACUGGUUGGGGUUAUUAUUUUUGGUUUUUGGGGUUUUUUUUUUUUUUUCCAGGUUUUUUUUUUUUUUUUUUUUUUUUCCUCCGUUCGAUUAAAGAAUGAGCUCUAGACUGCAAAUCCUCGAGAGCUUUUGUGCUCCUGGGCAGGGAGGGAGCAGUGGGAGCUGGGGCCUCCCUGGUGUCUCUGUUGCAGGCAGAUUAAAGGAAUUCUCACUGCUGCAACCGCGGCUCCUUGCCCAAAGCUCUGCCCGAGCCCCGGGGCCCUUUGGAUCCUUCAUGGGAACGGCAGGAACCCGUGCGCUGGUUCACCCUGGAGGUUUGGGGAAGGGAGGAUGAGGAGGGAGCGCCAAGAUGAGUUUGUUUCUUUCCGUGAUAUCCAACUCAGCCUUUGAGGAGGGGGUUUUCUCCUGCUGGAGCUCUUCUUUCCUCACCUGCAAUUCUCUGCUGCACACCUGGGUGUCGCCUGCGGUGUCCCCUCCCUGCGCCGUGCCACCCCAGCUGGGCUCUGGGACAAACUCCUUUGCCAAACUUGGUGAAUUUCUGCAUUUUUGGGGGUCCUGGGGCUGCUGAGAGCGGGGUCCGUGCCGUGGGUGACACGGAGAGGUGGCAGUGGCAGUGCCACCCCCCCCAGCCCGGGCUGGAGGUGACGAUUCCCCGCUGGAGCAGGAGCUCAGCGUUUCACUUUGCACGGUAGGGACGCAAAAUUGCUGCACGAAAUCCUGCAAAAAAUCCUGCGAAAAAUCCUGCAAAAAAUCCUGCAAAAAAUCCUGCAAAAAAUCCUGCAAAAAAUCCUGCAAAAAAUUCUGCAAAAAAUUCUGCAAAAAAAU